UAUUUUCUUCAGUUGCAUGUUGUAAGCAGCACUGCGGGCACGUCAGUUUUUUACCAACUGGUACACGUCAACGUCAUCUUAAUUGUUGGGUGUAAAAAUUCAAUAAUAAUACAACAAGAUCAUUUGUUGUUACUUCAGCCCCCUAUAGUUAGCCGCUAAUAUUCAGCAAUCAUGGUGCUCAUAGCUGCUGCUGUUUGCACCAAAGCUGGAAAAACUAUCAUAUCGAGACAGUUUGUUGAAAUGACCAAGGCUCGAAUAGAAGGUUUGCUUGGUGCCUUUCCCAAAUUAAUACCAGCUGGCACUCAACAUACCUUUGUUGAAACUGAUUCAGUGCGUUAUGUGUAUCAGCCACUGGAGAAACUGUACAUGCUUUUGAUAACAACAAAGGCUAGCAACAUAUUAGAGGAUUUGGAAACACUUAGAUUGUUUGCCAGAGUUAUUCCAGAGUAUUGCUGCUCAUUGGAUGAGAACCAGAUUGCUGAUAAUGCAUUCAAUUUGAUAUUUGCCUUUGAUGAAAUCGUAGCUUUGGGAUACAGAGAAAGUGUUAAUCUUACUCAAAUUAGAACUUUUGUUGAGAUGGAUUCCCAUGAUGAGAAGGUUUAUCAAGCUAUUAGACAGACGCAAGAGAGGGAAGCUAAAAAUAAAAUGAGGGAGAAAGCUAAAGAGUUGCACAGGCAAAAGAUGGAAGCGGCGAAGAAGGGCGUCAAACCGGCGUUCGGUGGAAGCGGCGGAUUCGGAAAUUCCAAUCCGUACACACCUGUUGCACCUGUUGUUGGAGAUGUUGCUAACAGCAACAGCGAAGUGAAGCACCAAUCGACAUCGUCGGUAAAGAAAUCGGUGGCUACCGGUCGUGGCAUGAAGUUGGGUGGUAAAUCCCGUGAUGUCGAAUCGUUCGUGGAUCAAUUGAAGUCAGAGGGAGAAAACGUGACGAACGCGAACGCUCAGCAUAAAGUGAGCACCGGCCACAAAAAGGCUGCGGUCAAGGUGAACGAAGACGAGGUCUACCUCAGACAAGAGGAGAAAUUGGUGGUGCAGAUGGGAAGGGACGGAGGAAUCCAGCAGUUCGAGCUAUCCGGUUUAAUCACAUUACAUAUUUCGAACGAGAAGUGGUGCAGGAUUCGCGUUCAAUUGGACAACCAGGAUACGAGAGGCAUACAGCUGCAGACGCAUCCGAACGUCGACAAAGAAUUAUUCAGAUUGCGUUCACAAAUCGGUUUGAAGCAACCGGCGAAACCGUUCCCGUUGGACACAGAUGUAGGCGUACUGAAAUGGAGGUUGCAGAGCAGCGAUGAGAGUCUGGUGCCGCUGCUGAUAAACUGUUGGCCGUCAGAGUCCGGAGACGGAAGUUGCGACGUCAACAUUGAAUACGAGUUGACCCACAGCGAUUUGGAGCUUGCCGACGUGAACAUACUCAUUCCGUUGCCAAUGGGAUGCACGCCUGUUGUGUCCGAAUGCGACGGUAAUUACAAUCACGAACCGAGAAGAAACCAUUUGGUGUGGUCUCUGCCUAUCGUCGAUUCGAGUAACAAGACAGGUUCCCUGGAGUUCUCCGCGCCAAAGGCCAUCCCCAAUGACUUUUUCCCGCUGACCGUUUCGUUCACAUCAAAAAGCUCUUACGCUAACAUUAAAGUGGCCGAUGUUAUGCUCGUCGAUGAUGAAUCGCCGGUGAAGCACACCGUAGAAUCAGUCCUGUUUCCCGAUAAAUACGAGAUCGUAUAAAGUGCGGGAAUCGUCCUCUCGUUACAUUCAAUAACAAUGAUGCAUGAUUCUAUUAUUUUCUUUAUAUUGUACUAAAGGUUAUAUAUAUACAAUAUUCUUUGUUUGUACAAAAUAAGAGAAUGAUUUAAUUUACACAGUUUCUUAUUGCGGACGUCGCGUCCGCUUAUUUUGAAUUUAUUCUUUUCGUCAUCGAUCACUAAAUGUAUAUACCAGUAUUAUUAUCCAAGAUACGGAUAAUAGCGGAUAAAAAAAAAACAGAAAGAAAGUAGGUUCUUCGAUAACUUGUUUAUAUAUUAGUUUUGUGUAAUAAUAUUGUUAUUAUAUCGUAAUAAUAACCUUGUAUGAUAA